UUGCAGGAAUUACCUUUGGUUUCCUUCAUUCCGGAACAAAAUGCUGAAAUCUCAACUCUCCCACUACUCCGCUUUAGACCCACUCAACUGCGUAAAUCCAAACCUAUUUCUUCUUACUCAUGCGAAGCCUCUACUUCCAAUACGCUCCGGGCCUCAACGCCAAACCCCCAAACAAAAUGUCAACUCCCUUCGCCUCCGCUUGCCCCCCCGCCCUGCCGUCAUCAGAGCCACCUCCGUCGCCAGUUCCACGGAGAAGCCGCUUUCGGUUAAAGUCUUGGUGACUGUCCAACGAACCCUGGGGAGCGGAUUGUACUUGGAACGAGGGCUUGAUGACAUCGCUGAUCUCUUUGGUAAAUCGCUUUUUUUGAAAAUGUGUGUUGCAGUAACGGGAUUGGAGAAGGCAACAAUAAGACACUACGCACAUAAAGAGGAUACAGAGGGUGAUGAGAUUACAUACGAGGCGGACUUCAAAAUUCCACCAGAUUUUGGUAUAAUUGGAGCUAUUUUUGUUGAGAAUGAGCAUCACAAAGAGAUUUAUGUGAAGGAUAUUGUGUUGGAAGGGCAUCCCAUUGGCCCUCUACACUUCGUCUGCUCUUCUUGGGUGAAUGAGAAGGACCUUCCCGACAGUAAGAGGAUCUUCUUCACCACUAAGUCAUACUUGCCGUCCAAUACGCCGGAGGGGCUAAAGAAGCUUAGAGAAGAAGAGCUGAAAGCUGUACGAGGCAAUGGGGUUGGAAAGCGUGAGAGCCACGAGAGGAUAUAUGAUUAUGAUGUGUACAACGAUCUGGGAGAUCCCAACAAAAACCUGGAGUAUAAAAGACCUGUGCUUGGUGGAAAGCAGUUUCCAUAUCCUCGAAGAUGUAGAACCGGACGUCCACGGGCAUCCAGAGAUCCUGUAUCGGAAUCCAGAAGUUCGAGCAAUUAUGUGCCCCGAGACGAAGCAUUCUCAGCACUGAAACAGGCAACGUUUAAUGCACGUUCGCUGAACUCGGUGCUUAAUGGGUUAAUACCAGCUUUGGAAUCAGUCUCCACAGACAAUGAUAUACGCUUCCCACAUUUCCCUGCAAUUGACGAUCUUUUUGAUAACGGAGUUCCAUUACCUCCCUCCAAGGGCGGUUGGAAGCUCGCUACUCUUCUCCCAAGGAUCAUUGACACUAUUGUUGAUUCCGCGGAGGAUAUCUUGCGUUUCCAUCCUCCUCAAACAUUCGACAGGGACAAAUUCUUCUGGUUCAGAGAUGAGGAAUUUGGUAGACAGACCCUCGCAGGUCUCAACCCCUACAGCUUAAGGCUUGUUACGGAAUGGCCAUUGAAGAGUAAGCUUGACCCUGCUGUUUAUGGUCCUCCUGAAUCAGAAAUCACCGGCAAAAUAAUUGAGCAGCAAAUCAGAGGUUUCAUGACUCUGGAUGAGGCGUUGACAAAGAAGAGGCUAUUCAUACUUGAUUAUCACGAUCUCCUCCUUCCAUACGUAGCCAAAGUGCGAAAACUUAAAGGCACCACACUCUAUGGUUCAAGGACAUUGUUCUUCUUACACUCGGAUAGCACUCUUAAGCCCUUGGCUAUUGAGCUCACUAGGCCACCCAUCGAUGGCAAACCACAAUGGAAAACGGUCUUCACACCCUUCUGGGAUGCCACUAGCGUCUGGCUUUGGAGGAUUGCCAAGGCUCAUGUUUUAGCCCAUGACUCUGGUUAUCACCAACUUGUUAGCCAUUGGCUUAGAACUCAUUGUUGUGUGGAACCUUACAUCAUCGCAUCAAACAGACAACUGAGUGCAAUGCAUCCAAUCUAUAGACUCCUGCAUCCUCAUUUUCGAUACACCAUGGAGAUCAAUGCACUUGCUCGCCAAGCUCUCAUCAAUGCAAAUGGGAUCAUUGAGACUUCCUUUUCACCUGGAAAGUACUCCAUGGAAUUUAGUUCUGUUGCUUACAAAGAGCAGUGGCAGUUCAACUUAGAAGCUCUGCCUGCUGACUUGAUUAACAGGGGGUUGGCAGUUGAGGACCCAAAUGCACCACAUGGUCUGAAGCUUACCAUUGAAGACUACCCUUUUGCCAACGAUGGCCUAAUCCUUUGGGAUGCCAUCAAAGACUGGGCAACAGAAUAUGUGAACUACUACUAUCCAGAUCCAAGUCUUGUCAAGUCAGAUGAGGAACUUCAAGCAUGGUGGACGGAGAUUCGAACAGAAGGGCAUGCAGAUAAGAAGGAUGAACCAUGGUGGCCAGUUCUCAACACUCCAGAAGACCUUAUCAGUAUUGUCGCCACCAUCAUGUGGGUAACCUCCGGGCAUCACGCGGCAGUGAACUUUGGGCAAUACUCGUUCGCUGGAUAUUUUCCAAAUCGACCAAGUAUUGCUAGAAUCAAUGUUCCCGUGGAAGAAAAAAACAAAGAGAAAUGGGAGUGCUUUCUUAACAAGCCAGAGAAUGUGUUGUUAGAAACCUUUCCUACACAGCUUCAAGCGACCAAAGUCACGGCUGUUUUGAACAUACUGUCGAGUCAUUCUCCAGAUGAAGAGUACAUGGGAAAAGAUAUGGAACAAGCAUGGGCUGAUGAGCCUUUUAUAAAAGGAGCAUUUGAGAAGUUCAGUGGGAGAUUGAAGGAACUAGAAGGGAUAAUUGAUAAAAGGAAUGCCGACCCAAAUCUAAAGAACAGACAUGGAGCCGGGGUGGCGCCUUAUGAACUUUUGAAGCCUGAAUCAGAGCCUGGAGUGACAGGAAAAGGAGUUCCUUACAGUAUUUCCAUCUAAAACCCCACGCCAUAAUGCUUUGAGUUUAUUGAAAUAAAGAGGUGAUUGAGUUGCAACAAUGUUGAAUGUAUCCAAACCACUUCAUAUUAAAAUGAAUAAACGUUGUUAAAGUAAGAUAUA